AGUCGCUAGUGACGAGGCUCGCGGGCUGCCCGGGCGACUCCCGUGAGCGAUCUCGUGUAUGAGCUACCUAUCGACACAGAUAAAGGAAUUCCUAUGUGAUGUUAGUAAACAAAAAGUGUAUAAAUAAAAAUCGCGGCGUGUUCCCUCUGUCAGUCUAGUUGUGAAGUUAAGCUUGCUACGAUGUCUCUUCCGGGAGUUUUCCUUUUUUCGCACUACGUAGAGAGCUUUUGGGUCGCGCCGCCUCCCCUGGUGGACUGGACAUGUAUCCCCACGUUGGUACUGGUGGUGUUGCUGGUGUUGGUGGUGGCCUCGGCGCUAGCGGCUCGAACGUUGGCAGAUGUCAGACCUGUCGAACGCUUACCCGGCCCCCUGCCAUUACCAUUUGUGGGCACACGAUGGUUGUUCUGGAGCAGAUACAAGAUGAACAAGCUACAUGAAGCUUAUGAAGACAUGUUCAGGCGUUACGGGCUGGUUUUCGCGGAGACCCACCCGGGGGGUGCCACUAUGGUGUCGAUCGCGGAGAGGGAGGCACUAGAGGCGGUGCUCAGAGCUCCAUCCAGGCGUCCCUACAGGCCUCCUACGGAAAUCGUACAGGUGUACCGGAGGAGCAGACCUGAUAGAUAUGCCUCCACUGGACUUGUCAAUGAACAAGGUGAAAAAUGGUAUCAUCUGCGGCGUCACUUAACAGCAGAACUGACGAGCCCUAGCACAAUGCAGGGCUUUCUUCCUGAACUGAACACAAUUUGUGAUGACUUCCUGGAGUUAGUGAACGCGUCUCGUCGUGCUGACGGAACCGUGCCUGGCUUCGAUCAGCUCACUAACAGGAUGGGAUUGGAAUCGGUUUGCGCCCUAAUGCUGGGUUCGAGACUUGGUUUCCUAGAGCGUUGGAUGUCGGGCCGGGCGGCCACCCUAGCAUCCGCCGUGAAGGCUCACUUCAGAGCCCAACGAGACUCCUUCUACGGAGCACCACUGUGGAAGUUUGCACCCACUACAUUAUACAGAACGUUCGCUAAGAGCGAGGAUACCAUUCAUACGAUAGUAUCGGAUCUGAUGGAGGAGGCAAAGUUAAAGACGGAAAAGAAUGCCAGCGAUGAAGCAAUGCGGGAGAUCUUUAUGAGGAUUCUGGAAAACCCCGCCCUUGACAUGAGGGACAAGAAAGCCGCAGUCAUUGACUUUAUCACAGCCGGCAUUGAGACGCUAGCAAACAGCCUCGUGUUCCUUUUAUACCUGCUGAGCGUACGACCGGAUUGGCAGCGCACCAUCCGCUCCGAACUACCUUCAUGCAGUACCUUGACUGUCGAGGAUCUUGCAGCCGCCCCCUCAGUGCGCGCUGCAAUCUCCGAAGCUUUCAGACUGUUGCCAACCGCACCUUUCUUGGCCAGGCUACUAGAAACUCCUAUGGUAAUUGCGGGACAUAAGCUGCCUGCUGGGACUUUUGUGUUAGCACACACGGGUGCUGCGUGUCGUCGCGACGAGAACUUCUGGCGCGCUCGCGAGUACCUCCCGGAGCGUUGGUUGGAGCCCAGAGCACCUCACGCCGCCGCCCUGGUCGCCCCCUUCGGGCGGGGGCGACGUAUGUGUCCCGGGAAGCGAUUCGUGGACCUCGAAUUACAUCUACUCCUGGCUAAGAUAAUGCAAAGAUGGCGCGUCGAGUUCGAUGGUGAGUUGGACAUCCAGUUCGACUUCUUGCUGUCGCCCAAGUCUCCAGUGUCGCUGCGGCUAGUCGAGUGGUAGUCGCAGAUGUAUCGUUAAGAUUUGUAAUUGUCUUUAUGCUUCAUAGAUCAUAGUUAUUAUUUGAAGGAUUGUACAAGACAAUGUUUGGCUUUUAUUCAGGGAAAUGAUACUAACUGCCGCACUCAGAGUUAUUUAAUGAUUACUUUAACUAUUCCUUAGCAACGAUUUUGUAUAGAAAACAAUUGCUAAGGACUGGGUUAAGUAACCAUUAAAUGACUCUGAGUGCGGCGGUAAACUCAAUAUUUCAUAAGGAAUAGAUAUUCAAGCAUUAUCUCAAUGUACCAAUUAAGCAACUUUCAUCUGAAUAAAGGCCAAAUACACUGGGUUUGUAUAAUUAAAGCUUUAUUAAAACUAAAGAUCGACGUACACCUUUAUAUUCGCUGUUUAUUUUAUUGUAACGACUGUGAAGAAGUCCGUCUUGUGUUGCUAUUUCAGAAGAGUGUUCGCUUCGUCUUCCAUUUGCUUAUUAAGUUCCAUCUUACUAUCAGUGAAAUAGUGAAACCUGGAUAAGUGGGAUCUUAAGGUUCAAGAUCCUAUAUUACAUUUUCCACUUUACCAAAUACCUAGCUUUUCCCUUUUACCCAGUUUCUCAAAUAGGCAGGUUAACAUGAAAGUUGGCAUAUUUACCCAAUUUAAUAUGCGGUAGUAAAAAUCACAUUCAAGUUGUCGAACCUUGAUAAACUGUCCUGCGUAUUCGAGUAACUGAGCUAAAAGGUUCUAAUUGAAGAGAUAGUAUCGAACAAAUUAAAGAAAUCAAGUCUAAUUUGCAAGAUAUUAUUUAUAAAAGUGUCAAGACCUCAUUAUAAAUCGAUAUACUUUUUACACAUCUAAGACCCACUUAUUCAGAUUUCACUACGAAGUUUCUACUUAAGUUAAUAAUAUUAUGUACCUAAGUGAAUGGUCUUCUCAAACUUGUAACUAAUUGUAACUCGGUUGCCAUGACAGCUUCGAAGCGUGCGUUACAGGGUAUUGUCGGAAUCUGCUCAAAUCGCACACUUCUUUCUAAUUUUGAAAGAACUGUUCACAAAUUAUUGUAUAAGAACGUAAUAUACGUAAUAUUUAAUCAUAACCUAGAUUAUAGCUACACAAUAUUAUAAAAAUAUGGCUGUGUUAAUAUCAAAAACAUAUUUAUAUAAAAUGUUAUAACCGCAAAUACCUCUUGUCAUAAGACUGUGUACUGCCAGCACAAGCAUUUGUCAGGAAUUUUAACGAAAUUUUAAUCUAAGUGUAAACGUAAGUCUAGCGUUAAAAGCAUUCCAUUUUAUAAUAAGUUUUUGGUAAACCAGCUUCUACAUUUAUGUUAAAAUCAUGAAUAAAUUAGAAGUGGCCAUUUCCUACGAUUAUAUUGUAAUGUAUUUUUUUUAAUAUGUUGGCGAUGGCUGUACGAGCUACAGCCGAAACAUGGAUCUUAUGCAUCCUUGUUAGCUUUUUAUUAGAAUGGAUUAUUCUAUCAUUAUUUUAUACGAAUCACAUAAACAAGGACAUUGUUAUUAAAUAUAUUAUUAUGAAAUGAAGUGAAUAUAAUAUUUUAAUUAAUAGAACAUAAUAAUGUAAAAAUGUACUACAUAAUAUAACUA